UGGUGUAAGAAGGGAGAAUAUGGUAGAAGGGCAGGAAAAGAGGGAAACAGCUUUGGGGGAAUGUAAAGAAGAGAGAGAAGGAAAUAGGGAUAGAGGUCAAGAGAAGGAAGAAAAUACCAAAAAUCAGGAGAAAGAGAACACUUUUAAAAAAAGAGAUAAAAUUAUGGAGAAUAUGAAGUUGGGAGAAGAAAGGAGGAAACAUGCAGAAAGGCAAAAAGCUGUUGUGACUAUGAUAGAUGAUCUGUCCUGAUAUUCUCAACUUGCAGUACCUUCUAAAGGCUCUCAAUCACUAUUCAGCUAAGUGGUAUAGCAUUGGCUUGAUAUCACUCGUAUCCAUCCAGCUAGAAUAUAGCUGAAAAUAGUCUGAAGAAGGGUUUCGGCCCGAAACAUUGUCUAUUUCCUUUGCUCCAUAUAUGCUGACGCACCCGCUGAGAUUCUCCAGCACUUUUGUCUACCUUAGAAAAUAGCCUUCAAUGACUUUUUCACUGAUGGAAUGUGGUUGCCACUGGUAGGAAACUCUCGAACAAAGACAAUGGAUGUUGAAGAAAGGUGAGGAUUACAAUGCCUGUCUUUCCCAAGUCCAGUAAACAGCUGAAGAGGAAAAUUCACCCAUUGCCCCCAGCUCAGCAUUCUAAUGGGGCCAUUGGAUUCCAGUCACACACCCACCCAGGACAAAGUGUGCAGCACAAGUCACUCUGGACAACGGGCUUGGGCACUUCAGCAACUCAGCAGGAUACACUCCCCAUGGAGCAGCUGAUGGGGACAACGUCUAACGGGAAUGGGCAGCAAGCCGAGGUGCGGCCAAUCAACUUGCUGGAGCAACAGGAUGUCCCACGAGCAGAACCAGCCUCAGCGCCUGAGCCAAACCUGACCCCUAGCUUGCAGAAGCUGAACUGCAGCUCUGAUGCCAUUCAGUGUACGCUGGUGAACAUCCCACAGAGCCAGGCCCUGCUGAAACAGGUGAAACUUCCUCUGGGGCUUAUUUGCCGACCGUUUAAGGAUUCCAGGGAGCCCCCAUUGCUGAUUCCUGAUGUACCUCCUCAAUGUCCAUCAUGUCAGACCUACAUCAACCCAUUCGUCACCUUCACUGAUCAGAGGCACUGGAAGUGCAACAGUUGUUUCUCCCUCAAUGAAGUUCCUGGGAAUUUCAUCUUUGACACCAUGACUGGCAGUCCCUCAAACCCAUACAAUCGGCCUGAACUACAGCAUGCAGCGGUGGAGUUUCUGGUGCCAAUGGAAUAUCAGGCUGGGCAGCUUCGGCCCGUAACAUACCUGUUUGUGUUUGAUGUUAGUGACUGUGCCUUGGAAACUGGUUACCUGGGAAUUGUCUGCAAAAUCCUGCUGCAGAACAUAGACAGGUUACCUGGUGAUUCACAGACCCGCAUUGGAUUCAUUACAUUCUCCAGCACGGUAAAUGUCUUCCAAUUGCACAACAGUCUGUUUCGGCCCCGCAUGAUGGUCAUGGCUGAUACUGAUGAUAUCUUUGUCCCAAAUGAAAAUGAGAUGUUGGUGAAUCUCCAACAAAGUAGACAGCUCAUCAUUUCCUUACUGGAAGAACUGCCAGGUAUGUUCAGAGACACUCAGAAGAAAGCAUGUGCCUUUGGACCAGCCCUGCAGCUCGCUCAAAAAGUCCUGACGUAUUGUGGCGGGCGAGUGUCUGCCUUUUUAACCCAGUUACCCAACACCGGCUGUGGGUCCUUGCAAUUACGGGAGGAUCCUGGUGACUGUACUCUGGGAGCCAAGCACUUGGGGUCAGCUAUGAAUUUCUACAAAGUGCUUGCACUUGAGUUUUGUGGACAGCAGACGGGGGUGGACCUAUUCUUGCUGAGCCAGCAGUAUACGGACCUUGCAUCUAUAGCUUGUCUUUCCAGGUACACAUGUGGCUCUAUGUAUUAUUAUCCAGCAUUCCACCAUAUCCACAGUUCUGCCCUGGUGGAAAAACUCCACCAAGAAUUCCAGAGCUACCUGACCCGUUCCUUCGGCCAUGAGGGGAUGCUGAGGAUUCGAUGUACACAAGGUCUCAUUGUGGACACUUUCUAUGGAAACUCUUUCCUGCAAUCAAUGCAGAUGCUGACUGUGCCCUGCGUCUAUCCUCAGGCAGAGUUUGCCUUUCAAAUGCUGAUAGAUGGCGCUAUAGCUGAGAGUUCGCAUGUGAUCUUUCAAUGCUCUCUCCUCUACACUUCCUGCCAAGGUGAAAGGCGAGUUCGUAUCUACACCUACUGCCUCCCGGUUGUUAGCUCCCCAGCUGAUGUUUAUGCAGGAGCCAAUGUCGGCAUUAUUGUGGGCUUUCUUUCUAAGAUGGCAGUGGAUCGCUCAGUGAGGCAGUCGCUCUCUAGCAGCCGGGAUGAGCUGAUUAAGAUGUUGACUGACGUUCUUGUUGCUUAUCGCACGUCAGCACGCAGCCCACAGCACGCCACACUCCCCAUCCCCAACACCCUGCUGCAGCUUCCACUCUACGUCCUGGCCCUCCUGAAGCAGCCUGCCUUCCACACGGGUCUUACAAUGACUCUGGAUGAACGGAUCUUCAGGAUGUCUCAGUUGAUGGAGCAGCCUCUGAGUUUUGUGUUGCAGAUGGUUUACCCAGAUCUGUAUCGCAUCGAUGAUUACCUCAAUGGCGAGACUGUUGACAAUCAGGGUUCUGUGGAAACAGACACCAGGCCAGUAAAGAGGCCGGCCUUGAUACCGCUGUCUGCAGAAGGUCUUACACUGGCAGGGGCAUUCCUAAUGGACUGUGGUAAUGCUCUGUAUCUCUGGGUCGGCAGACAUUGCAACACUAAUUUCCUCAUUGACGUACUGGGUGUGACCAGUUAUACCUCGCUACCAGCCACUGUGACUUUGCUGCCCAUUUUGGAAAGUCCAGCUUCUAAACAAACCCAUGCGCUGCUGGAAUCUUUAAGGAAGGAGAGAAUUUACUAUGCACCGUGCUUUAUCAUUAAGGAUGACAGUACUUCACGGUCCAUAUUCAUCCAGCAUCUGAUCAAUGACCGCACUGAAUCAGCAAUGUCCUACUAUGAAUUUCUGCUUCACCUGAAGGAGCAGGUAUGAAAGCAAUCUCCUCAAUGGCUCCAGAGAUGACUGGUUCACCUCUGGCUGGCCGCUGAAGGCACAAAGACUCCUAAACUCUCAUUUCUUUAUAUUUUUGUUUGAAGCUCGUGGAUUAUAUUUUAAUCAUGGAGCCUUUGAAAUGAAGUAGAAAACACUUUAAGUAUAUAUGCAAGAAGUUUUUUUUCGGAUUUGUGUAUAAAACCUAUUUAAUCUUCAACUGAAUGGAGAGCUAAGUGAAUGAAGUAAGGAUGGCAGAAGAUGUCAAGUAUGGAACCCUCACCCUUACAUGUGGAAUAUUUGCUGCUCGUGGAGUCUUAUCAGGUUUCUUAGAAGUUAAUUGUGGUUUACUGAAUAAAUAGUUUGACUAAAACUCA